GCGGCCCCCCGAGUUCCUCCACGCCGCGGGUCCCGCUCAGCGAGGCCCAGGUGGGCCCACUGCAGCCCUUGGUACACACAGAAACAACUUCCGUCUCACGAGUGCGUUUGUUUCUGCCCCCUCUCCCCUCAGGAGAAGCUGCGAUGAGAUCUGUAAGCUGCCAGAGUGGCACCCCGAUGCCGUAGAGGACCCUGCGCUGCUCAGCGAGGCACUGAGCGACACCUGCUUGGCAUCCGUCACCUGAGUUGGUUGGAGCGGCAUCCCAGCUCCAGUGUCUGUCGCUGCCCAAAGUGCUUUUCCCUGCGACAAGGGUCCUUUGUACCCGCAGCACUUGGCAGCCUUCUUCUGGGCUCUGAGCAGGACGCACCUGUGUGAAAAUGCUGCGAUACUGGGGCGAGAUCCCGGUUUCCUCCAGCCAGGCCAACCGCAGCUCCUUUGACCUGCUGCAGCGGGAGUUCCGCACUGUGGAAGUGCAGGAUCCCCCGCUGCACCAGCCGUCCGCCAACAAACCCCGGCCGACCACCAUGCUGGACAUCCCCUCCGAGCCCUGCAGCCUCACCAUCCACACCAUCCAGCUCAUCCAGCACAACCGCCGCCUGCGCAGCCUCAUCGCCGCCGCUCAGGCCCAGAGCCAGCAGCAAGCAGAGGGCAUAAAAACCGAGGAGAACGAACCUCUGCCCUCUUGCCCGGCCUCCCCGCCUCUCCCCGACGACCUGCUUCCUCUGGACAGCAAAACCCCCAAAAUGCCAUUUCAGCUGAGGCACAGUGACCCAGAGAGUGAUUUCUACAGAGGGAAGGGGGAGCCAGUGACAGAGCUGAGCUGGUCCUCCUGCCGGCAGCUGCUGUACCAGUCCAUGGCCACCAUCCUGGCGCACACGGGCUUCGAGUGCGCCAACGAGAGCGUGCUGGAGACGCUGACAGACAUCGCCCACGAGUACUGCCUCAAGUUCACCAAGCUGCUGCGCUUCGCCGUGGACCGGGAGGCUCGCCUCGGCCACACCCCCUUCCCGGACGUCAUGGAGCAGGUCUUCCACGAGGUGGGCAUUGGCAGCGUGCUCUCGCUGCAGAAGUUCUGGCAGCACCGCAUCAAGGAUUAUCACAGCUACAUGCUUCAGGUUAGCAAGCAGCUCUCUGAAGAAUAUGAGAAGAUUGUCAAUCCUGAAAAGGCAGCAGAAGACACAAAACCUGUGAAGAUUAAGGAGGAACCUGUUAGUGAUAUUACUUUCCCCAUAAGUGAAGAGCUGGAAGGAGAUCUGGCUUCUGGUGACCAGUCUUUGCCUGUUGGAGUUCUUGGAGCUCAAAGUGAGCGUUUCUCUGCCAACCUGGAAGUAGAAGCUUCCCCACAGACUUCAGGGGCUGAGGUGAAUGCUUCCCCGCUGUGGAACUUGGCACAGGUGAAAAUGGAGCCACAGGAAAAUGAGGAGGCUAAUGUACAUGGCCACGGGGUCCUAGGCAGUGAUGUCUUUGAGGAGCCAAUGUCGGGCAUGAGUGAAGCUGGGAUGCCACAAAGCCCCAAUGGCUCUGAGAGCAGCUAUGGUUCUCAUUCUGCUGACAGCCUGAUGGGAUCCUCACCUGUCUUCAACCAGCGCUGCAAGAAGAAGAUGAAGAAGAUGUGAAAAGGAGCAGUCUUUUUAUUUAGUCCUGAUAGCGUGAAACAGACACUUGAAAGGAACUAGUAGAGCACUGUGAUGAUUGCAACACAGGGCGGGCCCUGGUGUGUGAGGGACCUGCAUAAAAUUACUAUGAGAGGCUUGAUGUGCAGCUGCCCUCUGUGCUGGCUUCUGUACUCCAUCCUGAUUCAUGAGACUGAAAAUCACCUUUUACAUUUGCUGGUGGCAUGGCUUGCUUUGGCAGGUUAAGGAGGAAUGUGCCAGUGAAAAGUAGUUGUGAACAGAUUUCCUAAGUUACAGAACCAUUGAAUAGUUUGGUUUAAAGGGACCUUGUGGUACUUCUACUCCAGCCUCCUGCUCAGAUCUCAGCCAGGUAGAGCAGGUUGUUAAGGGCUUUGUCCAUUUGAGUUUUGAGUAUCUACAAGGACGGUGAUGCCAAAUCUCUCUGGGCAACAUUUUCCUGUAUUUGGCAACUCUCAGUAAGAAAAAGAAUGUUUGCGUCUAGUUGGAAUUUCCCAUGUUCCAGCUUGUGUUCACUGCCUCUUGUUCUGUCAUUGUUCAUCUCUGAGAAGAGUCUAACUGCCUUCUCUGACCCAGUUAUUAAGGGAUUAUAUACAGCGAGAUCUCUUUUUAUCCUUUUCUCUUCUUAAGUGUGGAGAAACUACGUUACCUGAGCUCUCCUUACUCGUCCUGUGCUCCAGCUCCCAAACCAGCUCUGUGACCUUCCACUGAAAUUGCUGCAGUGCUCUUGUAAGGAGGAGCACAAAAAUGGAUGCCAUCCUCCAAACACUAUCUAGCAAUUGCUGAAUAAAAAGGAAUCAUUUCCCUCAGUGUGCUGGCUAC